AUGGUGAAGUUCUCGCGGGAGUACGAGGCCAGCAUCAUCCCCGAGUGGAAGGCCGCCUUCGUCGACUACAAGUGCCUCAAGAAGCUCAUCAAGAGGAUCAAGGUCGCCCGCCGCGACGCCGGCCCGCCGCCGCCGCUCCUCGCCGGUGGCACGACCACCGCCGGCUAUGGCUUCUCGGUCCUUGACCCCGUCCGCGCCCUCACCGCCCGCUUCGCCAGGAGCACGGCGGCUUCACCAGAGGGCGAGGAGGAGAGCUUGGAGUCGGAUUCAGGGGAGCUCGUGCGAGCCACGGACAAGCAUGAGCAGGAGUUUUUGGAGCAGGCGGACGAGGAGCUGGAGAAGGUGAACAAGUUCUACGCGUCGCAGGAGGGAGAGCUGCUGGCGCGCGGCGACGCGCUCAUCGAGCAGCUCCGCAUCCUCGCCGACGUCAAGCGCAUCCUCGCUGACCACGUGGCGGCGUCCCGGCGCGGCGGGCCCGCCGGGAGGAGGGCGCUGGGCCGGGCCGCCUCCAUGCCGCCGCCCUCGCACUCGCCGUCCGUGAACGGCUCCAGCGGCCGCCACCUCCUCUCCGGCCUCGCCUCGCCGCAGUCCAUGUCAGAUGGGAGCGUGGAGCUGCAGCAGGCGCGGGUGGCGGAGGGCGCGGCGGUGGCGGAGGAGGUGAUGGCGGCGCUGGAGCGCAACGGCGUCAGCUUCGUCGGCGGCGGGCUGGCCAAGGCGAAGAAGGACGGCAGCGGGAAGCAGCUCAUGGGGAGGGGAGCGCUGCUGCAGCUGCCGGCGACGGUGAGGAUCGACAUCCCGCCGACGAGCCCCGGGAGGGCGGCGCUCAAGGUGUGGGAGGAGCUCGUGAACGUGCUCCGCAAGGACGGCGCCGACCCCGCCGCCGCCUUCGUCCACCGCAAGAAGGUCCAGCACGCCGAGAAGAACAUCCGCGACGCCUUCCUGGCGCUCUACCGCGGACUCGAGCUCCUCAAGAAGUUCAGCUCUCUCAAUGUAAAGGCCUUCACCAAAAUAUUGAAGAAAUUCGUCAAGGUGUCAGAGCAGCAGCGAGCCACUGACUUGUUUUCAGAGAAGGUGAAGAGGUCGCCGUUCAGCAGCUCCGACAAGGUGCUUCAGCUCGCCGACGAGGUGGAGUGCAUCUUCUUGAGGCAUUUCGCCGGCAACGACAGGAAGGUGGCCAUGAAGUACCUCAAGCCGCAGCAGCCCAGGAACACCCAUAUGAUCACAUUCCUCGUAGGCCUGUUCACAGGCACAUUCGUGUCGCUAUUCAUCAUAUAUUCAGUUCUAGCCCAUGUCGCCGGCAUUUUCUCUUCUACCGGAAGCCCAGCCUACAUGGACAUAGUCUACCAUGUUUUCAGCAUGUUUGCACUCAUCAGCCUGCACGUCUUCCUGUACGGCUGCAACCUCUUCAUGUGGAAGAGCACCAGGAUCAACCACAACUUCAUCUUCGAUUUCGCCUCCAACACCGCCCUGACGCACAGGGAUGCCUUCCUCAUGUCAGCCUCCAUCAUGUGCACCGUCGUCUUGUCGCUCGUUAUCAACCUGUUCCUCAGGAACGCCGGCGCAACCUACACCGACGCAUUGCCCGGUGCACUCCUACUGCUGUCAACAGGGGUUCUGUUCUGCCCAUUCAACAUAUUCUACCGCUCGACGCGCUACUGCUUCAUGCGCGUCAUGCGCAACAUCAUAUUCUCGCCAUUCUACAAGGUUCUGAUGGCUGAUUUCUUCAUGGCUGACCAGCUAACGAGCCAGAUCCCACUACUAAGACACAUGGAAUUCGCAGCAUGCUACUUCAUGGCUGGGACCUUUAGGAAUCAGGCAUAUGAGACCUGCACCAGCAGCCCACAAUACACACACCUGGCCUAUGUGAUUUCCUUCCUACCUUACUACUGGAGAGCAAUGCAGUGUCUAAGGAGGUACCUGGAAGAAGGUCAUGAUAUCAACCAACUUGCUAAUGCUGGCAAGUAUGUAUCAGCGAUGGUUGCUGCUGCUGUGAGGUUCAAGUACGCUGCAACUCCAACACCACUCUGGAUGUGGAUGGUCGUCAUUUCAUCCUCAGGCGCCACCAUUUACCAGCUCUACUGGGACUUUGUCAUGGACUGGGGCUUCUUAAACCCCAAAUCCAAGAACUUAUGGCUCCGGGAUCAGCUCAUCCUGAAGAAUAAGUCGAUCUACUAUGUUUCCAUGAUGCUCAACCUUGCGCUGCGUCUAGCCUGGGCCCAGAGUGUAAUGAAACUCAAACUUGGUCGGGUGGAGUCCCGCUUGCUUGAUUUCUCACUCGCUUCACUGGAAAUUAUACGACGAGGACAUUGGAACUUCUACAGGCUGGAGAAUGAACACUUGAACAACGCUGGAAAGUUCAGAGCAGUGAAGACUGUCCCAUUACCAUUCCGUGAACUUGAAACUGACUGAUAAAGACAAAGUUAAGAACUUGUUGGCAUGCUCCCAACAUGAAGGGAAUUUAGGGGAAGAGAUCCAGGAACGAAUACACUACCCCAGCUAAUGCUUGCGCUACAAUUGGUGUCUAAGGGAUAAUAAAGUAAUCAGAAAGCAUAACUGCACAAGACCAUGACAUUGCAGAUUUAAGAUGGAAUAAGCUCAGAUGGUGCAUUGUAAUGAGGGUGCCAGGGCACAUAAACAUGAGGCACUGUGGUCAGGAAAGAUUGGGUGGAUUCCUUAUUGGUCGAUUGAAGAGUGUUGUGUGUUAAUCAGCUAACAAGAUCUUUGUUGAUAACUAAGUUAUGUAUUUAUCGAAUUCAUGCCAGAAAAAUAUUGCAUGGAAUUGUAAGCUCCAGGGCAUCAAACAUAAUUUUAACAA